AUGACUGGGUCACACGAGAUGCAGCCGUCUCGAACGGCUGUUGACCCUUCUACACCUGCCAAAGAGGAUGUCGACUUUGUAGAAAGCACCGAGUCUGGGAUCCCUUCAACGUAUGCCGAUAUUGCAGCAUCACGUCUCUCCAAAGCCCAUCGUGAUUAUCUCCUCGAACGCCAUGGCACGUUGGAGCUCGACCCUAUGCCUAGCAUGGAUCCCGCAGAUCCCUAUAACUGGCCAUCAUGGAAGAAAAUCGCCAACCUUCUUCUAGUUGCAUUCCACGCGUGCAUGGGAACUUUUGCUGCUGCUGGCAUCAUCCCCGCCUAUGAGACGAUAUCGACCGAGUACGGUGUUUCUAUCAACGAUGCCAGUUACAUGACAUCCAUCCAGAUUGCAGUCCUAGGCGUGGCUCCUUUGAUUUGGAAACCCCUGUCGAACCGCUGGGGCCGUCGCCCAGUCUUUUUGCUAUCCCUGAUCUGCAGUCUCGUCUGCAAUGUAGGGUGUGCUGAAAGCACGAGUUAUUCGUCUCUUGCGGUCUGUCGUGCCCUGCAAGCGUUCUUCAUCUCUCCAGCGUCGGCUAUCGGAAGUGCUGUAGUGAUGGAGACAACAUUCAAGAAAGACCGCGCCCGGUACAUGGGGAUCUGGACACUGUUGCUCACUCUGGGUAUUCCGAGCGGUCCUUUCAUCUUCGGUUUCGUUACGUAUCGGAUAGGUUACCAAUGGAUCUACUGGAUUUUGGCCAUUAUCAACGGAGGUCAAUUUGUCUUAUACCUCUUCUUUGGCCCGGAAACGCGGUAUGUUGGGGGUGAUUAUGACGCCAGUAAGCCCGCUUGGGUGCGAGAGUACGUUCAGCUGCGACGGAUUGACCCCACACCUUUGUCGCCAUGGGAAUUCAUUAGACCGCUGGGCAUGUUCACGCACCCUUGCGUUGCCAUCCCAGCAGCUGCGUACGCCAUGAUCUUCUGUUUGAGUAACGUCAUGACCACGGUUGAAGUUCCGGCCUUGCUGCAGACCAAGUUUGACCUGAACGCCGAGCAAUUGGGUCUCCAGUUCCUUGGCCCCAUCGUUGGCUCCCUCAUCGGUGAACAGCUGGGCGGUGUCUUGUCCGACCGUUGGAUGAGACUGCGCGAAAAGAAAAUCCAACGCAAGCCUCAGCCCGAGCAUCGCCUGUGGCUCAGUUAUAUCGGCUUCCUCUGCUCAAUCGUGGGUCUCGUUGUAUUCCUGGUUUGCACCGAGCAGUCCAAGGAGGGACACUGGAACAUCCGGCCUAUCAUUGGCAUUGCCAUCUGUGCCGCUGGCAACCAGAUCGUAACCACCGUUCUCAUCACAUAUGCCGUAGACUGUUAUCACACCGAGGCGGCCAGCAUCGGAGUUUUCAUCACGUUCGUCCGUCAAAUCUGGGGGUUCUUGGGUCCGUUUUGGUUCCCAUCCAUGUUCGAACACGUGGGAGUUGCCGCCAGUGCUGGAGUAUGCGCCGCUCUCAUCAUGGGUGUCAGUUUCAUUCCGAUCGCUCUCGUUCACUGGCAAGGACGAUCCUGGCGUCCGGCCACGGGCGAGUAA